CGAGUGUGCAGUCAGAACUCAGAUCAACUCCUCUACCGAAGCUGAACUCCAGCUUUCACCAAGAACAGGGAAAAAAAAAGAAAGAGUGUGACCGGAGCCGCGGCUUGACAAGAGAUCGACUCGAUCAGAAGAGGUUCACAGGCUCAAACUCUGAGACUACAGGAAGACUUUCUCCAGGACGGCUUUGGAAGAAUCUGAAUUUGUAACCAAGAACAAGAAACAAUGUCUGCUGGAAUGAAGAAAAUGAUCCUUCUCCCCGUGCUGUGCAUUUUGCUCUCAUACACGGCUGCGGGUCAGGAGUGCAGCGGCCAGUGUUCCUGCCCCUCCACGCCGCCUCAGUGUCCCCCAGGUGUGAGCCUGGUGCUGGACGGCUGCAGCUGCUGCAGGGUGUGUGCCAAACAGCUGGGCGAGCUCUGCACCGAGAAAGACGUCUGCGACCCCCACAAAGGCCUCUUCUGUGACUUUGGAGCACCCACCAACAGACGCAUUGGAGUGUGCACAGCUCGGGAGGGAGCCACCUGCGUGUUUGGCGGCACGGUGUACAAAAACGGAGAGUCGUUCCAGAGCAGCUGCAAGUACCAGUGCACCUGUCUGGAUGGAGCCAUAGGCUGCGUGCCGCUUUGCUCCAUGGACGUCCGCCUGCCCAGCCCAGACUGCCCCAUGCCAAAACGCGUCAAAGUGCCUGGGAAGUGCUGCGAGGAGUGGAUAUGUGAUUCUCCCAAGAAGGACACCUUCGUAGGCUCUGUUUUGGCCGGUGAGUUAAGAAACAUGUUCUCUUUCCCUCUUGGCACAGAAAUAAGACUCCCCCCUGAGCUGUUAUCUAACCCAGCGUGUCUUCAUUUGUUUACAGCAUACAGAAAGGAGGAGACCUAUGGUCCAGAUCCCAACAUGAUGAGGGAGAACUGCCUGGUUCAGACUACUGAAUGGAGCGCCUGCUCCAAGACCUGCGGCCUUGGGAUAUCUACCAGGGUGACCAAUGACAACCACGAGUGCAGGCUUGAGAAACAGACCCGGCUGUGCAUGGUGAGACCAUGCGAGUCCCAGCUGGAGCAGAGCAUCAGGAAAGGGAAAAAGUGCAUCCGCACCCCCCGGGUCUCCAAGCCCAUGAAGUUCGAGAUCUCAGGCUGCACCACCACCAAGUCCUACAGGCCGAAGUUCUGCGGAGUCUGCCUGGACGGCCGCUGCUGCACCCCCCACAGGACCACCACCCUGCCCAUGGAGUUCAAGUGUCCCGACGGGCAGGUGAUGAAGAAGCACAUGAUGUUCAUCAAGUCCUGCGCCUGCCACAACAACUGCCCCGGGGAGAACGACAUCUUCGAGGCUAUGUAUUACAAGAAGAUGAUCGGAGACAUGGCGUGAGCCGCCGAGGAACGGUCCCAGCUAACGACUUGAAGAGAAACAGAACUCCAUUUCGAUUUGCAGCUCAGUAUAUAUAUGCCUUUUAAACACGUCAUUUUCCCAUUGUAAAAGUAGCCCAGAGACUCUGAACGGCUGAAGCAUGUCAGUCACCUAGACUCAGACAAAGGGCUGCGUUGCAGCUCCAAAAAAGAUUUAUGCACUAUAACUGUUUAUUUUCGAAAUGACAAACCUACUGUCUGGUUUCCGCCCAUUCCACGGUUGUAUUUCUUGUCACAAAUCCAUCCAUUUUAACUUUUUGCAUAUUUAUAGCAUAUUUAAACGCUGACCUCCUCUCUAAAUGAGGUGUCUAAUUACGCCCCCCCACUCCCCUCCCUGAAUCCAAAGACCAGACCUGUAAACUCUUAGCAGCUGUAGAGGCAGCAUACCGACCACAGCGAGCCAGUGUUCCACUGUCCAAACGGGCCUGAAUGUUUCCUUGUGUGAGUGUGUGUGAGUGCAGGACUGAAUGUCGGCCUUGUCCGUGUGUGUGUGUGUGUGUGUGUGCCCGUUACAGAGUGGAGGAAAGGUCAGAGCUCCGGCCCAACGUGUGGAUGAGAAACCAAGCCGCACGCCGAGUUUAGGGUUAGAUAUGGAACACAGUUGCAAAGGCACUGAGAAAAGAAAGUAAACAUUUAAAAAAAAAACACGAAAAAGCAUGUUGACUGUAACUAAUUCAGGUCUAUUUUGUGAAGAAAAAAAAAAUAGAAGAACAGACUGGAAGGAUUGUAUUUUCAUUCCUUUUUUUUUCAUGUUGAUUUGUAAAUGUUGUACAUAUUUGUACAGUUUAAUUUAAUUUAAAGAUAACAAUUUGUUCGCCGCUUUAAAAGUCUAUGUAUGGUGUUCUUGACGUUAUUUUUUACUGUUCUUAUUGAGAAGUGUGACAAAUUUGUUGCAUGUUUCACUGUGUAGCAGGAAAUAAAAUUGUAUAUUUUUUAUAAAAA